AUGAUUUUUGGCAGGAAGUUUCGUUUGCAGACCGUCCACACACCUUUGGUCCGGAUCUUCGGCUCAUGGAAGGGUAUUCCGGUGUACACGGCGAACCAUCUUCAGCGCUGGGCGCUGACGUUGCUAUUGUACGACUUCACCAUCGAGUAUGUGCAAACGGAGAAGUUCGGGAAUGCCGAUGUCGUGUCGAGGCUGAUCAACAACCACGCCAAGCCUGACGAGGAUUGCGAGCGUGAUUCUGGAGGAGGAUUUGCGGAGACGCAAUCCGAUGAACAGAUGUACCGGUACCUUCGAGAAGGCUGGCUGGAAGAGGCGAAGAUCGUGGAUCCAGAAAUACGUCGGCUCAAUGGAAGACGAGAUUCACUGUGCACCGUUGGGAAGUGCAUCAUUUUCGGAGAACGCUUGGUGAUUUCCGAGAAGCAUCGGCAACGAUGUCUGCGACAGUUACACCAGGGACACCCCGGAAUUCUACGAAUGAAAGCAUUGGCGAGGAGCUACGUAUAUUGGCUAUCGAUAGACGAGGAGAUCGCCCAGUACGUGAAGGCAUGCAAGUACUGCGCUUCCGUAGCUAGAAGUCCACCGAAAGAAGCACCGGGGACUUUGGCCUGA